CAGAGUGGAAUUGGAUCGCUGGCCAAACCCGUUAAUCUCCAAUGAGGCGACACAUUCGCGAGGAGAAAAAUUCAUAAAUGAAAGCUUCUAAUUGCCGGAGAAUGACAAACGUGACAAAAAAUCAGCGCGAGCGAACAAAGGCGAAGCAAACUUUUUAGGCAGCCCGGAAAGCAGCAGCGAAAGCCGCGAAAAUUGAGCCACCGAAGCUUCGGCGAUGCUGUUGAUGCCCACAUCCUGUGGGCCGGGGCCACCCAUCGACCUCGGCCCCUCGUCCUCCUCCUCCUCCUCCUCCUCGCCCACCCACUGCCCAACCCCAACCCGAACUGCCCAGCGAGCGGCAGAUGAUGGAGAACCAGUUCGCCGGUCAGGGACCCUGGCCCACAGGCAAAGUUCGGGGUCGAGCAUUCCCCAGUGGCUGCUAAUCCUCCUCGGUCUCUUCGCCAUUCUCGCCCAGACACCAAACAGCCAGGUGGCCGCCGAGAAGAGUAAACACUACUACAUGCAAUCGCUGUGCAAGAACCACUUCCUGCAGCAACUAUAUCGGAAAAUCGACGGGGCCGUUCUUUGGUCGCAGAACGAGAGGAAUCUGGACUGCAUCAUCACCUUCCAGACGCACUCGGUGCUGCAGCGCUUCAUGCUCCGCUUCGACAUGUUGCAGCUCGACUGCAACGAUCAUCUGCUAGUCUACGAUGGAGCCCACGCGGUGGCCACCCCCAAGAUUGACAUCUCCUGUCGGAACACAAAGAACACCGUCAACGCGCUCCUGACGCGCACGAACUUUGUGACUCUGAAGUACGUGACCGACGGCUGGGGAACGGAUGCGAACGGCUUCAAGUUGGUGAUUACGUCGGUGAAGGAUCCCAAGCACACCUGCAAGGACUUCACCUGCGCCACCCGCGAGUUCUGCAUCCAUCCCGAUCUCCUGUGCGACGGCAUCAACCACUGCGGCGACAACUCCGACGAAUCAGUGCAGAAUCUGUGCCAGAGUGAGACGAGCAGCACGGUUUUCGGCAUGGAUAUGACCUGGUUCGUCCUCAUUGUCGUGGGUGUCCUGCUCGUCCUGAGUGCGCUCAUCGUGGCGGUGGCCAUUUGCGUGUGCCGACGCCAGGACGAGAACGCCGCCAACCAGAACACCGCGCUCCAGGUGCACCACACGGCCGACACGAACGGGUCGUCGAAACAUCUGCACUACCACGGCAUCAGUGUCGGCGGGACACUGACUCGGGAGCACACCCAACUGCCGACGUCGGGAAACUGGCAUCACCCUGCGGGACCAUCCGGGUACCACCGCACUCCACACAACUACUUGAAGAUGGCCACCAAAGUCCGUCCCAUUUGGUGCUUGGCAAAUUCCGUCAAUUAGGUCAAGAUCUUUCGCACAAUAACGCCGGGCUCAGCCAGACGAACAUCGCCGGAGCCGGACAUCCCAAUGCCAACGCCGUCGGCGCUGCGCAGAAGGACGAGUGGUUCGUCUAGGGCCAGGCAACACUGUGGAAGGACCGAUCGACUUGAGCACAAUAAUCUGUACUUUAUUAAGUAAAUUUAUGGAUAUUUGCAGAGCAUUAAAUGAAGACUGUAAGACUAUAUUUAACAGCAAUUAGUGUGGACAUCACCGCGCAGGGUGUAUUAUACAGAGAUCUCUACUCGUACCCAAGCAGAAUCUCGAACGCAUUGGGCAGAACGUGACUGUUCUGUCGGAUAACCAAUGCACUUGUAAAUAGUUUAUAAAUAUAUAUCAUUUAUCAGUUAACUGGUCAAUACUACAAACUGGCUGAACAAGAUUCUUUAACCCCAUGUCCCCAAAAACUGAAAUGUAACACAGAAAAGUCCCCAUUUUGAGUUUGUGCAAGUAUGUUGGCAUUUAUUUAGAGAAUUACGUAUGUUUAGAAAGCAAUGAGACUUGAAUUAUUGCUCUUCGAUUGAACACUUAGUUUGCAUAGCGGGUUGCAUUCAAUAUGCACAGACAAAGAUCCCCAAAACUAAUGUAUAACGAAUCAGAGGUAGUCGCAGAGUCAGAGAGGUAAAUAACAUUUGAAAGAAACAAUCGUAAGCAUUUAAUUGAAUCGUGAACAGAACAGAAACCGUAAGAAGUAUUAAAGCUCAAAAGAAUAACCGAUAACUGUCAUUAAAAUAUACAAUUUCCGAAUCUUACAAAUUUGAGAUAACUGGCGGAGUUUGCCAGGAGGUUUUUACGAAAAAUUAAGCUGAACUCUAAUCGCAAAUGGACACAAGAAAAACAACCAAAACAAGGGAUGUACAUAAGUAUUCGACAAUAUACUUACAUAAAAAACCAAAUCGAAACUUCUAACGCAACUGUCAUCUAUACAAUUUCACCUACCACUCACCAUUGUCCACUUGGAAGUCUGCAUUUGCCCGAUGAUCAAUGAUCAACCAGAGACUCCGAUAGAAGCAAACAUUUCACCGAGAGACUCAUUCCUCAUUAAAGAACCGAAAACCAAUGCUAAACGGAAAUAUUCUGAGACAUUAAGGACAAUACAGUGAAGUCUUUUGCUUUUGAUACAACUAAAUUGAGAACGUGACGUGGCAUGCAUUUUAACCUACAGAAGUGUCCGAAUACAAUUUUCUACAAUCAACCAAAUGGAAUUCUACACAAAAUUAAACAACGUAUAAAUACAUAAACAGAGUUGAAACAUUUUGCUACAAAAUCGAAUGAUAACGAUCAUAUAUAUUGACGACGAAGUGUGUAAGGAAACAUGAUAAGUAACAGUAACUUGAGAAAACCAAACUAAAAUGCUUCAAAAUGAUUGUAGUACUUCCCGCCGUUAAUAUUUUUUUAAUAUAUCGUACAUACUACAAAUACAGAUGCAAGUCUUAAAAAUAAUACUUAUAAUAAGAAGCAAAAAGUAAGAAUUUUCCGCUGCUAAGAUUUGUCUUUCAAAAUACUUCCAUAGGCCCGGUUAGUUUGACUGUUUUGUGGCUCCUCAAGUUUGUUUCCCAGAUAAUAGCCGAAAUAUAACAACACUACUUGCUCCCUUGCUAAGAAAAACCUUAAAAAUUAAGUGCAAAAUUGAACACUAGUCGAGGUGGAUAGUGUUAGGUAUACGUUCAGCCCGAUCAAUGCGAUUAAGUCAAAUUAAAUUAGUUUUGUACUUAGCAGUAAUGAAAAACCCAAGAACUAAAUUAACUAAUCUUCUAGGCAUAAUUUACGCUGAGAGUAUCUAUUCACUUACCCCUUCCUUUGCCCUUCUUUAAUUUGUAAAACUACAAGCGUCUUAUACUAUAUCAUAAAUUAUAGGAAAAUGGUAUUAUGAUAAAUUGAAUUUUUAACCAAAAUUAUAAGCAAAUUGUAUUAGGCGUCAAAUUUUAGAAGAGAAUGCAUACCAAGAGGCGGAAAGCUGAAGGAAACACAUUGAAUAGAUGUAUGCGUGUUAUGUGUAUGGGCUAGAACCACAUUCAAACAUGGCAACAAAUUAAUCUUAAUUACUUAAAAACGAUGAUAAUAAAUGAUACUAAAUAACAACUGAAUAACCACAAAGCUAAUUUAUGCAAUACAGGAAUAUUGAAUACUGAAAAUUAUGCGUCAAUAAAAAGUUUAGGCAAGAUUGUAUUGUAAUAUCUAAUCGUAAUUGUACUCGUAAUCGCAUGCCUACUCCCCACUGGUGAAAAUCGGUUAGAUCAUGUCGUAUAUGAGUGUAGUUAAAAUAUACAUAUUUACCUAAAUACAAAUCAAUCGGAAUGGGAAUCGGACUGGACUGGACUGGACGAAGUCGAAGUCGAUGAGGAAUUAAGAGACGGUCAGGUCCCCGAUUUGUGUUGUAAAAGAUAAUAGGCGAGAGUGGGUGGUGGGAAGAGCUUUUCGUUUCCCAGUGUAAGUGUUACAAUGUGUUAAGAUUUAUUU